GAGCCUGAUACCCCAACAAUUGAUUCACAGAACGAGGAUGCUCCCGAGCUUAGUCUUCGCCAUUUUCUAGUCGUACGGCCAAAAAAGCCAAGUUCAGAAUUAAUAGAAAGUAGUACAACUGCACAGCCGUCACCAAAAGAUAAAUCGUCUAUUUCUCCAUCCCCAACCACACAGCCAGAUAAUUUACGUAAAAUUUCUACUAGCUCCACAGUAACGGAAAAAGAUAAUAUAAAUAGCUCGGCCGUACGGCUACAAAAUAUAGAGAAAAAGAAAUCCGACUCACGUAUGUUAAUGCUUCCAUACGGCAGUGGUUACACAGGAGGGAUAGAGACGAUUCCGAUU